AUGGGUUGGAAGAGUCCAUUAAAGAAAUACAUCUACUUCCGGUAUUACUGCUUCUAUAUAAAACCAGCUUCUUCCGCUCAGAGCCUCUUUCUCACUGACCAUCAAUGGCGGACGCAGCACCAGCCGGUGGCCGAGGAGGCUUUAGAGGCGGAUUUGGAGGCAGAGGUCGUGGACGUGGCCGAGGACGUGGACGAGGCAGAGGUCGUGGAUAUGAAAAUCCACACCCUUGAAGAGAUCUACCUUUUCUCGUUACCAAUUAAGGAGGCUGAAAUAAUUGAUUUCUUCUUGGGCUCAGAUUUGAAGGAUGAAGUCUUAAAGAUAAUGCCGGUGCAAAAACAAACUCGUGCCGGUCAGAGAACCAGAUUCAAGGCGUAUGUUGCUAUUGGUGACCACAAUGGACAUGUAGGUCUUGGUGUUAAAUGCUCCAAAGAAGUUGCUACAGCUAUCAGGGGUGCCAUUGUUCUUGCGAAGUUGUCUAUUAUUCCUGUUAGACGAGGAUACUGGGGUAAUAAAAUUGGUAAACCUCACACUGUGCCUUGUAAGGUAGCUGGUCAGUGUGGUAGUGUAGCAGUGAGCCUGAUUCCUGCUCCUCGUGGCACUGGAAUUGUCAGUGCCCCAGUUCCUAAGAAACUGUUGAGUAUGGCAGGUAUUGAUGAUGUCUACACACAUGCAAGAGGUAGCACAGCCACAAUGGGUAACUUUGCCAAAGCCACUUACAAUGCCAUUGCUCAGACUUAUGCUUACCUGACGCCAGAUCUAUGGAAAGACAAUGCUUUCACAAAAUCUCCAUACCAGGAAUACUCUGAUCAUCUAGCCAAGACUCAUGCCAAAAUACCAGUUCCAAGAAAUGACGACAAACCAUUCUAA